AUGGCAGAGAUAAAAACGGUUAAGCUAACUUCCUCUGAAGGAACAGAAUUUAAAGUCGAGAGAAAUGUGGCAGAAAAAUCUGUUUUAUUGAAAAACAUGCUGGAAGAUGUCGGUGAAAGUGACAUGGCGGUGCCUUUACCAAAUGUCACUGGACCCAUACUAAUCAAAGUCAUAGAAUAUUGCACACAUCAUCGUGAUGAUCCAAACACAUCGCAAGAGGAUGAAAACAAGAAAAAUUCUGAAGAUAUUGAUGACUGGGACGCAGAAUUUUGUAAAGUAGAUCAGGGAACUCUAUACGAGUUAAUUUUGGCUGCCAACUAUCUUGACAUCAAACCUCUUCUUGAUCUCACUUGCAAAACUGUAGCCAAUAUGAUUAAAAAAAAAACACCAGAAGAAAUUCGCAAAACCUUCAAUAUUGAAAAUGAUUUUACGCCCGAGGAAGAACAACAAGUUCGAAGAGAGAAUGAAUGGUGUGAAGAACGAUGA